UGCUUCAUCGAACAAACCUUCUUCCUCCUCUUUUUCUCUUGUUUUACUUGUGUACAUAUGAUCAUCACACAUUUGGGAUUCUGAAAAACUGUAGAGAUGUCUUAUGCUCAUCUCUUCAAGUAUAUUAUAAUCGGAGAUACCGGAGUUGGAAAAUCAUGCCUUCUUCUGCAGUUUACUGAUAAGCGGUACCAGCCCGUGCAUGACAUAACCAUAGGUGUUGAUUUUGGGGCGAGAAUGAUCACAAUCGACAACAAGCCAAUAAAGCUCCAAAUAUGGGAUACGGCUGGUCAGGAAUCGUUUCGCUCGAUUACGAGAUUCUAUUACAGAGGUGCUGCUGGUGCUUUGCUUGUCUAUGAUAUCACGAGGAGGGAAACUUUUAAUCACUUGGCUAGUUGGCUGAAAUAUUUAAGGCAGCAUGCGAAUGCAAACAUCACAAUUAUGCUCAUUGGCAACAAGGGUGAUCUUGCUCAUAGAAGAACAGUUAGCAUCGAGGAAGGAGAACAAUUUGCCAGGGAGAACGGAUUGAUAUUCAUGGAGGCAUCAGCAAAGACUGCUCAAAAUGUUGAUGAGGCGUUCAUAAGCACAGCUUCCAUGAUAUACAAGAAGACUCAGGAUGGUGUGAUUGAUGUAUCAAAUGACGAGUCAUAUGGAGUUAUAAAAGUGGGAUAUGGAGGAGGAGUUCUAGGGGCGUCCGGGGCGAACAACGGGUCUCCUUCUCAAGGCGGGGGUUGUUGCAAUUGAAGGCCUGUGUAUCAUUUACCACUAUACAGCAAGUUUAGGUUUCUUCUUGUGCUUCUCUAGUGGUCAUGCAAUAAUAGUUGGUCUAUCUUUUGCUAGCUGGAACUUGAUGUAUCAGUUGCAAAUUCCAUUGUGCUUUAAAGAUUUAUUUUCUUGGUUCAGAAGUUGAUGUAUCUUUCAGGUUUCUCCGGCUGAAUUAACUAUGUGCAAAAUGUUAUCUCAGGAUUCUUUAAUAUAAAAAAUCGUGUAUGAAAUGAAAUAUUGUUGGAGAAAAAACAAGGAAGUGGUGGAUCCGCUAUCAACAUGUA